ACCUCGCCAUUCAAACGGUGUGCUUCCGAGAAAUAGUGUGUAUUUUAAAUUCCAACCUCGCCAUUCAACCUCGCCAUUCAUAUCCAGAUUCAGAUUUGGUCUUAUUUCACACGCCACGCCACUCUUUCACCCAUUUUCCAUUUGCAUUUCCAUUCCUUUAUAUUAUCCCUUCCAAAACCCACAGACCCUUCUGACCCACUGUUCCAUCCAUCCCCACUUCCCCUCUGUCUGUCUGUCUGUCUCACUCUCUCUCUACCGUUCUCCGCAAUUCUAGAGAGAGAAAACACAACUCCAACAACAACAGCAACAAUGGAGUCAAUCUGGCUCACUCUCGCGCCCUACCUCUUCUCUCUCGUUCUCUUACUUGUUUUACUUGAACAGAUAUUCUACUUGAAGAAGAAGAGCUCAAUCCCAGGCCCAUCAAUGGUGUUUCCCUUCAUCGGCAACGCGAUAUCGCUCGUUCGAAACCCGACGAGGUUCUGGGAGCUCCAAUCCGCCAUGGCAGACUCUACCGGUUUCUCCGCAAAUUACAUCAUUGGCAAGUUCAUCGUCUUCAUACGUUCCUCCGAUCUUUCUCACAAAGUGUUCGCUAAUGUUCGCCCCGAUGCGUUCCAUCUCGUAGGCCAUCCGUUUGGGAAGAAACUCUUCGGAGAGCAUAAUCUCAUCUACAUGUUCGGCCAGGACCACAAGGAUCUCCGACGCCGAAUCGCCCCCAAUUUCAACCCUAAAGCUUUGUCUACCUACACAUCUAUUCAACAGAAAAUCAUACUCAAGCACCUUGUUCACUGGCAGAGAUUGUCGUCGAAGUCGGCCGGCGAGCCGAUUAAUCUUCGAUUCCUCUGUCGCGACAUGAAUUUAGAAACUUCGCAGACUGUGUUUGUCGGUCCGUAUUUAACUGCCGAAUCGAAAGAGAGUUUCAAUUACGACUACAAUUUGUUCAAUGUAGGCGUCAUGAAUCUCCCGAUUGACUUGCCUGGGUUUGCAUUUCGUGAGGCUCGUUUGGGAGUGAAGAGACUGGUCGAAACCCUAGCUCUUUGUGCUGAAGAGAGUAAGAAGAAGAUGAAGGAAGGUCACGAUCCUACUUGUUUGAUUGAUUUCUGGAUGCAGGAGGUUCUGAGGGAGGAGGCGGAGGCUGCGGCGGAAGGUAAGGCGCCGCCGCCGCACACUUCGUCGAUCGAGAUCGGCGGCCACAUCUUCGAUUUCCUCUUCGCGGCGCAGGACGCCUCGACUUCCUCGCUGCUGUGGGCGGUGGCGUUCCUCGACACUCACCCGGAGGUCCUCGCCAAGGUCCGCCGUGAGGUGGCGGCGAUCUGGUCUCCGGAAUCGAACACUCCGAUCUCCUCCGAGCAAUUGAGGGAAAUGAAAUACACCGAGGCUGUGGCGCGUGAGGUCGUGAGAAUACGCGCUCCGGCGACUCUCGUACCUCACGUCGCCGGCGAGGAAUUCAAGCUGACGGAGACUUACACUAUUCCCAAGGGAGCGAUCGUGUUCCCAUCGGUCUACGAAUCUUCGUUCCAAGGAUUCGUUGAACCGGACCAGUUCGACCCGGACCGGUUCAUGGAGGAGAGGCAAGAGGACCGGGUUUAUAAGAAGAACUUUCUAGUAUUCGGAGCUGGGGCCCACCAGUGUGUGGGCCAGAGGUACGCAAUCAAUCACUUGGUUCUCUUUAUAGCUAUGUUUACGUCGUUGAUUGAUUUCAAGCGACACAGAACGGACGGCUGUGAUGAAAUCAUUUAUGUCCCCACCAUUUGUCCCAAGGACGAUUGCAAAGUUUACCUGUCUAGGAGGUGCACACAGUAUCCCAACCUCUCAUGACAGGAAAAUUACCCUUUUGCCCCUAUUUUUCUUCUCUAAAAUUGUUGUUAUUGUUAGGGUUAUUGGGUCAAUCAAAAAUAAUGUGGUCCUAAAAAUUUCUAGGGUUGUGAUGUCUGAUUUGGAUUUUUUAAUUUAUUUUUUUCUUUGAGUUUGACAAUUAGAUCUGUUGAUCAAACAGCUAGGAAAUUCUUUUGAGAGAUUUGAUGGCAAUUCUUGUGGUGUAAAAAAAAAAAAACACAAAAACAAAAAAGGUGGGAUUAGUGUGGCAAGUCAAAUCAAAAUUGUUGUAGCUUAUUCUUCUAA